AUGGGCCGUGGACCUAAGAAGCACCAGCAGCGCCUCAGCGCGCCCUCGCACUGGCUCCUGGACAAGCUGUCCGGUACCUAUGCUCCCAAGGCGUCGCCCGGUCCCCACAAGCUCCGCGACUGCAUGCCUCUCAUCGUCUUCAUCCGUAACCGUUUGAAGUACGCCCUGAACGGCCGUGAGACCAAGGCCAUCAUGAUGCAGCGCCUCAUCAAGGUCGACGGCAAGGUCCGCACCGACGUCACCUACCCCGCCGGCUUCAUGGACGUCAUCACCAUCGAGAAGACUGGCGAGAACUUCCGCCUUGUCUACGACACCAAGGGCCGCUUCACUGUCCACCGCAUCACCGCGGAGGAGGCUGAGUACAAGCUUGGCAAGGUCAAGCGCGUCCAGCUCGGCAAGGGCGGUAUCCCCUUCUUGGUUACGCACGAUGCGAGAACCAUCCGCUACCCUGACCCGCUCAUCAAGGUCAACGACACCGUCAAGAUUGACCUUGCCACCGGCAAGAUCGCCGACUUCAUCAAGUUCGACACUGGUGUCAUUGCCAUGGUCACUGGUGGUCGUAACAUGGGUCGUGUUGGUGUCAUCACCCACCGUGAGCGCCACGACGGUGGUUUCAACAUCGUCCACAUCAAGGACGCGGUUGACAACGAGUUCGCUACGCGUGAGAGCAACGUUUUCAUCAUUGGUCGUGAGAAGCCCUGGAUCAGCCUGCCCAAGGGCAAGGGUGUCAAGCUCUCCAUUGCUGAGGAGCGUGACCGCCGCCGUGCCUACGCUCUGGCUCGCCAGUAA